AUGACAGCAUCACCCAAACCAGAUUAUCGAUACAAUCUGGGCUCAUACGGGAAGAAGAUUACCACCCGCAGUCCCGAGGCACAAACAUGGUUUAAUCGUGGUCUGGUGUGGGCAUAUGCCUUCAACCAUAAGGAAUCUGUCAUAUGCUUCAAGCAGGCACUGCACCAUGAUGCCUGUUGUGCCAUGGCCUACUGGGGCUUGGCCUAUGCUCUCGGUCCCAACUAUAAUCAACCCUGGGAUUUUCUAGGCGAUGAGUUGCCAUCCGUCGUGGGGAACACAUAUCUGGCUGCAAAGAAGGCCCGGUUCCUGUCCUCAAAAGGAACGCCUGUGGAACAGGCCCUGACCAAGGCAAUUUCCGCUCGCUAUCAGAGUGAUAAACCCGGUAGUAUGGAACAAUAUGAUGCACAAAAUAUUGCAUAUGCCGAUGCAAUGAAAGAAGCAUACGAGAAGUUUAGCGAUGAUUUGGAUGUGGUCGCUCUCUACGCUGAUUCCCUGAUCAGCCUCACCCCCUGGAAGCUGUGGGACCAGGCAACCGGAAAACCAAGAUCAGGAGCCCGCACCAUGGAGGCAAAGAAGGUGCUUGAGACAGCUCUCGAGCAUAAAGAUUCUUCGAAGCACCCUGGUCUCCUGCACAUCUACAUUCAUCUUAUCGAAAUGUCUCCUUUCCCAGAACUCGGCCUGCGAGCAGCAGAUCACCUCCGGGAUCUUGUUCCAGAUGCGGGGCAUAUCCACCAUAUGCCGUCCCAUCUGGAUGUCUUGGUCGGAGACUAUCGAAGUGCAGUCCGCGCAAACCAGCAUGCUGCCAUUGCAGACGAGAAGUACCUGGCGCUGGAAGGCCCAUACAACUUCUACUCUGUUUACCGUAUGCACACAUAUCACUCACUCAUCUAUGCGGCCAUGUUCGCAGGCCAGAAAAAGGCCGCGAUGGAAGCCGUGGAUCGCAUGGAAGCUACUUUACCAAAGAAAUUGCUCGCGGUCCUGGGUGAUUACAUCGAAGUCUUCAUGUCUGUGCGCGCGCAUAUCAUGGUACGAUUCGGCAUGUGGGAUGAACUUAUCGAGAUUGCGAUUCCCUCAGAAUCAGAGCUGUACUGUAUGACGAUAGCGACACUUCACUAUGCCAAGGGUGUAGCAUAUGCAGCCACGGGGAACGUGGUCGAUGCAGAGCGCCAGCGUGAACUCUACAGAGCAGCUCGGGACCGGGUACCAGACACGCGCUUGGACUGGCCCAACAAGUGCAUUGAUAUCCUCGGCGUGGCAUCGGAGAUGCUGGACGGGGAGAUCGAAUACCGGCGUGGGAAUUACACAGAGGCUUUCGAGCAUCUACGUCGUUCAAUUGAAUUGGACGAUGGGUUAGGGUACAGUGAGCCCUGGAGCUGGAUGCAGCCUACCCGCCAUGCAUACGCUGCUCUUUUGCUAGAACAGAAUCAUGUCGAGGAUGCGGCCGCUGUUUACCGUGCUGACUUGGGUCUUGAUGGAACUCUCAUCCGUGCCCGUCAGCACCCGAAUAAUGUGUGGGCUUUGCAGGGCUACCAUGAAUGUCUGGUACGUCUUGGCCGAAAUGAUGAGGCCCGUGUUAUUGAGCCACAAUUGACCAUCGCGAUGGCCGUGGCUGAUGUCCCUGUGACAUCUUCUUGUUUCUGUCGUCUUGAUACCUCGCACGCCCCGAAGAUUGGCAAGGGUUGCUGCAAAUAA